AUGUUCGAUACGAAAUGGAAAAGCCAUACUCGUAGCACGAACACAACGAAAACUACUGGUAAUGGACGUUUGCUGAUGAAUAGUCGAAGUGUCUACCUGGCAACAGAUGAACCCAUGGUUUUCAAACAGUUCACUACAGAUCAUCCGAAUUACACGUUGUACGGUAGUCAAAGCAGAUCACAAUCACCUAGUGUGAAAAAUCGCAUGAGUAUUGCUUCAAUGGAUGGUGCACUUGCUGAUGUGAUUGCACUAUCACAGACGGAUUUUCUUGUUUGCACAUUCUCAUCGAAUGUAAGCAGCCAUUUAACCAUUUAUUCACUCAGUCACAAAAUAAUAUCAAAUGACAGUGAGUUUGCAAAUCUAAUCAGGAAGCCUACUGGUGAAAUGCAACAACAGUCACAUGACAUACAAGAUACAUCAGCUUCUUUCGAAUUGUCAGUUCACUUCACUCUUCUAAUCGAGAAGUGA